AGUAAUCAAAAGAACGUAGCACGGGAAUAAUCAAACGAAACUACACAUAAAAAAGAAUUCUAACUUUAGGAAGAAAAAAAAAUACUAAAAAAAAAUCAAUUUCUGUUCUUUAAUACUUAAACCACUUUAUACGAGAAAAAAUAAUAUUCUAAAUAUUUACACUUUGACGUGUCUGGAGAAACAAUAAUAAGAUUUAUUACUAAAUAAAAUAUAGUGACACUGUGUAGCUUAAUUGAACACACAACUUGCGUCUCAUACAAAAUGUCGUGAUGUGAAAUGUAAAUUUAAAAGCAAUAACUUGAUGAAUUUCUCCAUUGAAUGUAGUCUAAGAAAUCUUAAAGAAAAAGUACUUGAUUUCAUCCUUUCGUGUUACAACAGCUUGAUUUCCAUAAAAUUUAAUAAAACAUCAUAAAACACCGACUAUAUAAAUAUGACAAUAAAUAACUGAUAAUAGCAACAAGAAUAAAAAAAACACUGAGAAGAUGUACGUGAAAGUGUAUUUUAUAGUGUUAUGAAUUUGGGCAAUAACGAAUUAUCCUCUAAGAUUGAAAUGGAUCCAGUGAAGAUGCAAGGGACCAUAUUAUUUGCCUAUAUUGUAUAUAUUGCAAUUAGUAUGGUGAAUUAUGCGGAAAGCAGUGAAUUCCCAGAAAGAGAGUGUUGUGAUCCAAUUUAUCCACCGAUACCAAAUCCAGAACCUGUGCCUCCAGCACUUCCAACAACAACCAUUUCACCAUCGUCGCCUACACCAACGGGACGUUCAGGACCAAACAUCAAAACAGCUAUUGCUAUUUUGAACUGUAUUUUGGCGAGGCAGUUAUGUUUCGAGGAUCCAUCAUGUUCAGCAAUAUUAGAGAUUAUUCCGAGAGUAUGCGGUCCAGUACCAGUGUCUUGCAGUACAGUAACUGUUACAAAAUGUCAAGCCGCCCUGAGAACACUUCAAGCGUUUCCAUUCUUUCGACCAACUUGCUUGUGCAAAGAGCCUGGGGUAGAUCCGGAAUGCAACUAUUUUCGAGACUUUCUUUUUGAUCAUCCAUGUGGCUUUGUACAGAAGAAAGAAAAAGAUCCAUAUCCCAUUGAUGCAUUGCCAACGUGCAAUCAUGCUCUGUCAGUAUGUCAGCAGGAGAGAAAGUGCAUAAAACUGUUCGAGGACUUUAAGAUACACUGCAAAGUUCGUGAGAACAAGUGUCGAAUGGAGGACAGGGAUCUAUGUCACGAAGCCUGGACAAAUCUACGUUUAUCCCCAAUGUUUGGAUGCAUCUGCCCCAACAAUCACAUGAAACGGAGGUGCGAUCGAAUUUUCAGUAUGGUUAAUCACAAUCCGUGCGUGGAUGUUCUAACCACUGCACAUGAUCUGUCUUACGGCACACCCACCAAUUCAAUAAAUAUAUCUAAUUUUAAAGACAAUAUCGAACCCUCAUCCACAACUUUUCCCUAUACAUUCCCAUAUUUUCUGUAUCCCAAACGUAUCCCACUUGCUCUCGCAUCACAUCGUCCUGCUAUUGAUCAGCGUCCGCAUUCCUAUGAAUUUAGCAAUUAUUCCACAUUCUCUGAAUUCGGCACCAACAUGAAUGUAGAGCACAAUAAUAGGAAAAAUUUUGUAUUGCACUCGCACCUUAAUCAUGAACUUGAGCACACUCAUCUACCACCAAGGAGUGGGGUACAUGAAAAUGAUGUUACUGAAUGGCACCACCAUCAUCAUCAUCAUCGUAAUCGGAAUGAGGAGGAACAUCAUCAGAUUCACGACCACAAGCAAUCGACGACAUUACUUCAAGAGGAAAUCAUGGAAAUUGUGAGAUCGAUGGGCAUGGAUGACAAUUUUCACAACAGAUUAUUUGAUGAGAAUAUGGUAUUAGUUGAUACCCCUUUAAUUGCCCCACCAAGUUCACAGUAUUCAAAUUUAUACAACGCCGGGAUAUAUCCAUACAAUCUGACGGCAUUUCAGAGUGGCUCUUCAAUGUCAUCAAUGGAAAAUAUGUUGAUUGAUACGAUGGAUAAUUUAGAGAAACACACUGGCAAUAUGGAUUCCCAAAUUCCUGAAUCAACAAUUCCGGAGAUACUCAAAAUUCCCUUUCAGAGUACAUGUCACAUUGUUUUGGAAGCAUGCAGAGAAGAUCCAUCUUGUUCAUCAUCAUUGCAACCUGUGCUGCAACACUGUGAAAACCAUCGUUGCAAUAGGAAUGCUUGUAUGGACGCUCUUCAAACUUUUUAUCGUGCUCAACAUGAAGAUUUAAGUCUCGACAUUGCAUUUUGUCUGUGCAAGAAGCCGUCGAGUCGACAGGAUAUAUGUCUAUCAGCUCAAGAAAAAUUGCACCCAAUUUGCGCUCAAAAGCCGCCCGAUAAUGCAAAUACCCAAACCACAAAUGGUGUGAUUUAUCAAUUACCACCAACAUGCCAUGCUGUUGUGGAUUUAUGCAAGGAAGAUGAUGAAUGCAAAGUACGAUUGGAGCAGUUCGAACAGGCGUGCGCUAUAGAUAGUGUUACACGAAAGUGCGCCGGUAGGGCCAACAUUUGCCGCUCAGCCUUACUUGGAAUUCUCGGGACAUCCCUCCGUACGACAUGUAGCUGCCAAGGGGCUGAUUUGCAGCAGAUAUACGAAUGUCUUGGAUGGCACAAAUUAUUGUGGCAAAAUCCCUGUGUCGUUGAAUCGCAAAAGGACUUUCACUUGAAGCGCCUAGCUGAGCUGGGCUUGCUGACAAUACCAACCAUGCCUAGCAUAACAACAUCCACGACGGUCGCUACUUUUGUUGCCAUAACUGAGGUUGAAAUUCCACUUCAUCCCAUUCCGCCGUUCAAUUCGUACUUACCCACCGAAGGUCCAUUUGAGACGAACUACAUUGAGGCAUCUGAGUCCUACUCAGACUCAAUAAUGCAGCAGCAUGGAAAUGAAUUAAAUUCCUCGAUUGAAGUUAAGAAUGGCAAUUUGUCUGAAGAGCAAUUAUUUGUCUUUCUGACUAGUGAAACGACAGAGGAUGAUACAACGAUUUCCACAACUACAACACCAAAGCCCGUACCCACGAGAUACUGCCUGGUGCAAAGGCCACAUCAGAAUGAUCAACAAAUACCAGAAGGGAGAAGCAAAAGACUGUACUUGCUUGAUGAUCCAGAAUGCAGUGAACUCUGCACCUGCUCAGACGGAGGUGAGAAUCCAACAUUGUCCUGCUACGCACUCUGUGUCCCAUUGGUGCCAUGCCGAACUGCCCUGGCGUACUACAGUCAUGCAUCUCCGGCAUAUCAAGCUUUCCGCGGUCGUUGCCUGUGCUACUCAGGACGCUUCAUAUGCAUGCGUCCGCCACCAGGAGAAUACUUUCUACCAGGUGGAGUUUUCCUACUACUGGGAUACAGCUCAGCUGAUGAAGCACUCCUGAGACCACAUACCAAUCUUGGUAUUCAGGACGCUGUCAGGGCCCUACAGCAGUACAUGGUGGAACAUGUGAAUAAUCAAACGUCGUGUACUUUAACACUCUUCAAUAUAACCGAUGAGAAUGUUAUAAUAUCAGCAAGACUUCCGCACGAUCCAAAAGUGAAUCCUCUUGAACUUUUACGAAGAGAAAAGGCUCAGUGCAAGUCCAUUCUUGAAGCAAUUAGCCAUCAUAUAAAUACACAAUACACAGAAUUGUCAUCCGAUAGACUUCUUAGCAUAUUUAAAAUGGCCGAAAUGCAAGUUAUCAUGCCAGACAUCAGUGGAUCAUCGCACACCAUCAAUUUCCAUAUGGGUUUACUUUUUCUAUUGCCAUCCCUCACAAUUCUGCCCACCAUACUGAAACUACACACGAAUAUUUACCACAUUUUAUGACAUGGCAAACACUGUACAAUCUGUUGAGAGUAAUUUGUAAGCAUAAUCAGUUAUAUGUAAUAUUAAGCAGUGUUCUUCAUUGUAAAUGAACCCUGAUUUAUAUACUGUAUAGAAUCAAUUUUAGCAUAUUUUGACAUGAUCCGUUGUUGUCUGUAUAUCUCUCAUUGGGAUGACACACAUUCCAAAUUCAUCUGAGGAAUAUUUAAAAAAAAAAAAAAAAGAAAAACAUAUUGGAGAUUUUGCAAUAAUGAAAAAAUAAAUAUUUUUAAUAUUAAAAUAAUAGUUAUUCAGAAAGAAUAAAUUCUCUUGAAAAGAGGUCUCAUUGAAGUUAACUUGGAUAAAAUGGCGUAUAGCAAAUAAAAUGAGUUAGUUUUUAUUCUUUGGAUGACAUAUUAUAUAUAUGUAUACAUAGUUGAUGGCAAUGUGUAUAUAAAUUCUUCAUAUAGGCAAUACAUAGAGUUGUACGAUAUGGUACGGUGGAGAAAGAUGACAAGAUAAGCUCAAAAUUUCAUUAAAGAAAAAUAAAAGUAAAAGAGAGAUAUUGAGACAUUCUCAACCUUGUCGGAUGUAUUGAAUGGCAAAACUUAUACAUAUAUAACAUCUCUAAUACAGCAUUAUUUCUGUUUUUAAAUUUGAUUGAUUCUCCGUCUCAGAUUGCAAAUGAAUUUCAGGAAAUUUUAUUGGUAUAGUAUACAUUAAAUUGAGCCUUUAACGCAAAAGAAAAAAAUCUUUUUUUUGGUUUUCUUUUCUAAUCUUAUGCAGUUUAAUGCAAGAAAGAAAUUUUUAAUGAAUACAUAUCAGCUUUAUUCAUAUUUAAGUAAAUAUUGAACUUAAAAAAAAAUAAAUAAAACUUGUAUCUUUUGAAUUUUAUUCAGUGACUUUUAUUACAUAUGAAAGAAAAAAAACAUAUUGAAGUCUUACAAGUAUUUUCGAAUUUUUAUACAAAAGAAAAUAUAAUAAAUAUUAUACAAAAAGUGUGAGAUUACUUUCCAAUAAAAUCUCCUAUUGGCGUAUUUUUACGCUGUAAUUUUUAAAAAAAGAAAAAUUUCACAUUUAACUUGUUAUUAAAUAUUUAUGAGGUUUCCUUUUUUUCCCAACUAACAAAAAAAACCAGCAUUAAUAUAAAAUAACUCUUCAGUAUUUUCCCCAUUAUAUUGACAACUUUACAUCCAAAAUCCAUUUAGCUUGAAUCCAAUUGAUGCUCAUUUUAAUUGUCAUCCUUAAUGGCUUGAAUAUAUUAAAAUGCACUUAGAAUAUAACAAAAACAAAAGAAAAAAAGAAUAUUCAAAAUCCAAUAUUAUUCCUUUUGACUAGAAGAUGCAAAUUAUAAAGAACAAAAAAUAUAUAGAGAAUAAAUCACAUAUUUUGUGCACAUUUAAAGCAUUAGAGAGCUUACCAAGAGAAAACAAGUUUUAGCACAUAAGGGGAGUACAUUAGAAUGAAAACUCAUAGUUUUAAAUGAAUCACUAUUUGACAAUAUGCAACAAUUAAGCAUAAAUUACAAUGAAAUAGCUAUACUUUCACAUUAAUACUAGUAAACGCCAAAUAUUAUAUUUUUGUAAAGGGAGGAAAUUGCGUUGGACGUAUUGAAAAAAAAAUUAAUAUGUGCAAUUUGUAAUAUUUGUGGAAGAAGAUAAAUGAAAAAAAAAUCUAACUGAAUAAGUUUUGUAAAUUUGAUGUAUAAUGUGUAUGUAUUUAGAUGAAGAAAAAAAUUAUUAUGAAAUUGGAAGAAAAAAUUGGAAUUUAUAAUGCUUAUGAAUUGUCCAAGUCCAUCAAAUUGAGCUUGAAGUUUACGUUGUAGAUUAAUAAAUUGUGUACAAGUUUAUUUGAGCAUAUAUUCAUUGCUGAGCUUUGUGGUUUUUGUAAAAAUAAAUUAAUUAGAAUCACAUUUAGCAAGAAAAAAUAUUUGUUAAUUGAAAAAGAAGUUUAAACAUUUACUUUCUAUAAGGAAUUUCUUACUGUUCUACAUGAACUUUCUUUUAAUUUGGAGAACAAAAAAAUAUCAAAGGGGUGAAACGCAAAGUUUAGCAAUGAAUAGAAAAUCAUCAUGUUGCCAUUAUUUCCAUAUAAAUGUUAGAAGAAAAUUUCACAAUGUAUGGCUCUAAGCAAUAGUUAUUUAUAAAAUUUUAAGAGAAUAAAAAAAUAUGAAGGGGUUUCACGCAUGUGUAAAACAUGUAAAAGUAUAAUUAUUUCGUUGAGUAUAUGCUUAAGAUAAGUAUAAUUACUCUAAGAUUGUGUAAAAAAAAUUAGUAAAACAGAGGAAUAGGUCUAAAAUGAAAAAAAAAAAAGAAACUCAAAGGAUAUACAGAAGCAGUUUUAAAGUUAUAUUGAGGUGCAUUCUGAAUGACAUUCCAACUACAAAAACGAAUGUCAAACAGUGCAAUAAGAAAGAAAGAACUUUGUGUUUUGAGAUAGUAAAAAAAUAUACAUACAUACAUUCUUUUUUUGUAUUAAUUAUAGUCUGGAUUGAAGACUGAUCUGUAGAAUUUAUUUGGCUGAUAUUUGUGUUUUUGGAGUUUUUGAAUAUCACGUCAAAAAUUUGCACUUGAUGAAACUUAGAAAAUAUUUGUAUGAACACAAUUUUCCGCUGAUAGCUUUUGAAACGUUGUUGGUGCAAUUAUUAUAAAGAAAAAAAUAAUAGUAAUAAUGAGAAUUUAAAUAUUUUUCAAAUAGGAAAGAGAUUUCUAAUCCCAUUUCCCCUUUAAAAGACUGUUUUAUUGUUUUCUUUCUUAAUUCUUUUUUUUUU